AUGGGAGUAUUGACACCUCCUGAACACAACUGCGACGUUGCAGCAAAGUCCUUUGGCGAUACUAAGCUGACAGGGCUUUGGCUUUCGGGUAACGAGUUUCGCCUUCAGGAGUUGGGCAAGGGGAGCAGAGAAGAGCUAAAAGAGUUCCAUGUGCAAAGAAUCCGGGACCAGCGAGGGCCGCAGCUGUCGCAACGCCAAGUGGGCCAAGGUUCUCAGUUCGUGUCAGCGACGGCUACCGUUGGAGCGAUUGGCCCCGUUCUCGUGCAAAUGCUUUGUGUUGGCAAGCCGGAUGUCCUCGCCUUCAGAGCGCUGUUGCUUUGCCAUAGAGCCCGAGACUUGGGAUGUCUUCAGUCCUUCAAGAGCUUCAAGAGCUUCAGUGACUUAAGCUGGUAUGAAGGGCUGAGUGGCAGAUGCGGAGAGGCCCAAGAUCGUGAAGAAUGCGCCGGUGGCGCUGGAGGAGCUUCAAAGGCCCGGCCGAUUCAGGAUCUCUUCCACUUCUCCCAAAAAACCCAGCAGCUCAACGAUCAGCAAGCGCUGCAGAGUUUCUGUCACGUCGCGCCGGCCGCGCUGGUGCAGCGUGGCGUGGCUGUCCCGGUGCACUGGAUAAGGGGUGAACAACAAAAGGCAGUGGCGACUGCGGAGCAAGUGGACCUCUUUGAGUCACUGACUGAUCAGCUCACCUUUUCGCAAAGCGGGCAAAUGGAGCCGCCUCAUUGGGUCUCCGUGGCGCGACCACCGCCAACCGAUGAUUCCGAUGUGAUAGCCGCAACAGCCAGAAUGAGUCAGUUUGUGGCCUCCUGGCCCAACCUUUCUCCUUACGCCUACAGUCAGCCAGAUGCCCGUGAACUUCCAGUGCUGGAGAGAAUCUUGGAGACAGGCAGCCUGCCUCGUUUCGUUCCGCCGCGGCUUCUCUACCGCCUCAAUGUGUGGCUGGUUGGCCCGGCUCCGGACUCUCCCGAGCUUGAGCAUCAGGCCAGAACAUUGUCGCCUGAGGAUGACAUGAAGGCUCACAGCCAAGAGUCUGGCGAUCUGCUGUACCGCCAGUGUGACCUGCCUCCCAGCGCCUUUCCCGAGAAAGAUGGGGAUGCAACGGUCACGGCGAUCAAGUGGUGUUUGCCGGCCCUUCUGCCCGACAAGACCUUCCGCUGUACAGUUGAAGCUCGGUUUGAGACGAACACGGCUGUCCAUUGGUGGACUCCAUUGAUGAAGUCGGAAGAGUUUGUAGUUGAGCGCGUGCCACCUCCAGCACCUCCUGAACUUGCCCCAGUUGCGGACUUGCCCACGCCGCAACUGCAGAAACUCCUCGCUCGGCGUGCCCCAGGUUCCACGAGCUAUAUCGUGGUGCGCUGGCCAUGGCGGGUCCAGGGCAGACCCGUGGAGCUGCUCCGUGACGCAUGCCACGCCCUGGAGUUCUGCCCGAGUCUGGCGCGGCAAUCGUUGAGGGAUCCGACUUCAAGGCCUCUCGACCCCAAAGGCGAGAACGCUGUUGUUGGUCGUGCCACUGGGCCCUGGAAGGAGCCAAAGGCGCAGCAAGUUUGCUUCGCAAACUUCGAGAGGGGCGAGGUAUGGUUCGAACUUCCACCGGAGGCAACGCUCGAACCCAAUUGGGUUCCACUCUUGGUGGCAAGCGGGCUUUGGACCUCCAGCGACCAUGCCAGUGAACCCCAAACGGUCCACUUGCGUUGGCGACUGCGAGCAGGUCAGUCAGAUGUUGCAGUGACUAGCGCUGCAUUGCACUGCAGUGCUGCCACUGGGCCUGUUCGAACUUGCAUGGCCAGCCCAUCCGCCUCAUCCCUACAGCUGGCGGUGCCACAGCGUGCUUCCCGCCUCGCAGGCUCUUUGCGUUGGACCGCCUGGGAAGGAGCCGUGAAGCACCAAUUCUGCUACCGCCUUCUGACCCACCAGAAGAGAAGGAAGCGAGGAGGCCUGCAGACGCUCAAGUCAACUGUCUCAGAGGACUCGGAAGCAUCCGACUUCACAGAGGAUGGAAGUCCCUCUACCUCACUUCCGCAGGCUUCGCAUCUCCAGCCUGUCACAGGAUGGAUAGAGCUUCCCCCUAUGACUGAUGACGUCAAGCGGUUGGCAGUGGCGAGUGAGGCAAGUCGGGCUUCAUGGACUUCAGGGCUGUCUCAUCUAGAACUGAUCUACGGCAUUGCUGCAUUUUCUUAUCCAUGCGCACGUGCACCACGGGCGACGCACUUCUCGUGCUCCGCCUCGACCAGAUAG